ACGUUUGUUUUCUUUUCUGAGUCUUUCAGGAGUUUUCGUCUGAAUAAGUUAAACUUUACUAAUUCUCUGCAAAGUUCUUGUUGAUUCUUGCAUAAUGACAUUCGAAGGAAAAGUUGUGAUCAUAACAGGUGCAUCUUCAGGAAUUGGAGCAGAAACAGCCCAAGAAUUUUCGAAACUGGGAGCAAAAGUAGUUUUGGUGGGAAGAAAUUUGGAAAAUCUUCAAAAAGUCGCCUCCGGAUGUGGUUCGUCUGAUAAAGUUUUGGUUGUUCAAGCUGAUGUAACAGUUCAGAACGAUGCAAAUAAAAUCAUUGAUGAAACAGUGAAAACAUUUUCGAAAAUUGAUGUUCUUGUCAACAAUGCCGGAAUUAUUGAAAUUGGAUCGAUAGAGAACACUUCGAUUGAACAGUAUGAUCGUGUUAUGAACACUAAUAUGCGUUCUAUUUACUAUCUUACAAUGCUGGCUGUUCCUUAUUUAAUAGAAACCAAAGGAAACAUUGUGAACGUUUCAAGUGUCAAUGGCAUUCGUUCCUUCCCAGGUGUUCUCGCUUAUAAUCUUUCUAAAGCGGCUUUAGAUCAAUUUACACGAUGUGUUGCUCUUGAAUUAGCUCCUAAGAAUGUUCGAGUAAAUUCUGUUAAUCCUGGUGUCAUUGUGACAAAUAUUCAUAAACGAGGUGGAAUGAGCGAGGAAGCUUAUGCUAAGUUCUUAGAACAUUCAAAAACAACUCAUGCUUUAGGUCGACCAGGAAAUGUUCAAGAAGUGUCUGGAACCAUUACAUUUCUUGCAAGUUCUACUGCCAGUUUCAUAACUGGAGCUUCUUUACCUGUUGAUGGUGGUCGUCACGCAAUGUGUCCACGAUAAUAAUUACGAACUUGUUUAUAAUGAAAAUGGCAAGAAAAUGGAAUAUGACAAUUCAUGGUUUAAAAGCAUUUUAUCAAAAUAAAAAUUUAUUUUAUCAAAUGUAAA